AAUUACAUACGCAUAGGCAUGGCGACUGUUUGGAAUGAAUUUGAAUUAAAAAGACCUCCGUUGGUUACCCUCCGGGCGCCAAAUACAGCCUUUGCCAAGAAAUGCUUUAUGGCCAUUAACAAAUAUCUGCAGCAGUUGACUGAACCGAUGGCCGUGGAAUUCGAAGAGACUGCAGCGCUCAUAUCGCGUCUUAUGGCCCGUCGCAAGAAUUCUUUUCGUGGCCUGCCUGGAUUUCGUGCCAUUUGCAAGCUGAACGCAGCGCUUUGUCGCUUGCUUCGGCUGGAUUUACCCCGCGAGCUGCAACAUUUUCGUGGCUCUUUGCCCGAUGUAUGUGAUGCGGCGCUGGCCGGUGAAAUGCCGACACGCAGCAGCUUUGAGUACAUUCUGGUGCGUCUGCAGAGCGUCUAUCAUCUGCACGAGCGCAUACGAGAAUGCUGCCUUGCAGCUGCCAAAUAUUUCAGUCAAUUGUUGCGCAGCAACUUCUUCAUGGAGUUUAUAACGCUGAUAAUUGCGGCCAUAGCCAAAAUAAAUAGGCUGAGCGUACUGGAGGCCAACAGGUGUGUCAAACUUUACAAUAGACUGCGACCGCAAUGUUCCCACUUUCCGCAAGUCGAUAGACACAGAUUUCUUCCCGAGGACUGUGUUUUGCCGGUCAACUUGCACCUCAUUAAAACCACACAGCCAGAGGAGCCGAAAACAGCGACCACUAGUCUUAUGUCAAAACCGCCACCGGUGAUAACAAAACUAGAAAAAGCCCAACAGCGGGCCAAAAUGGAUGUGGGAACUUUAAUUGAACGCAAAGCAACACGAAAUCCCUCAACACAAACUGUCGAUUUCAGUGUAAGCUCACUACAAACAAUUGAGGAUGUCAAAACCUUCAUCAGACGUGAGUCCAAGUCACGUAAACAGGCCCCGGAAAACUGUAUCACUAAAGCGCUAAAAAAACACGAAUGGCAGGCUGCGGUUACUCUGUUCGAGCGCAAGCUGCUUGCCAAUGAACACAAGAAAGCGUUGAGUAUAUUUCUCAAAUUUAUUAGCAGCAAAAUUUAGACAAUCUAUUCAUAUAAGAGUAUAUUAUGACAUUUAAACGGGCAUUACCAUUCCCUCAACUAACUGCAGACGCUUGACUUCAACUAUGCUCUUCUGUGGAUGAAGACAUCGUUGCUGUAGGGGGCAAUAUUAAUUAAGAAUAUUAAAGAGACUUUGUGUUAUGUUAAGUCGAGAGAAGGCUCAACAAAAUGUAAUUUAAGUAAAGAAUUACUUUUUAGCAGUUUUCACAAAAUUUAAUAAACUAGCCUUUGUUAAUUUA